UUUCUGCGAUAUUUCAUUUCUGCAAAAUUUUACCACUCCUGCUGCAACACAUGCGUCUCCAAAAUCUCUAAGCCCUAGAUCCAUCCCUUUACGCAGACACUGUAAAACCCCUUCAACAUUCUUCGUUUCUACCGGAAAUUUUCCAAAAAGUUUCCAUCUUUUUCGCCAAUCUUUGGGCAAAACAAACGAUUUCCCUUUUGAUUCAGGCGGUGUGGUCGUCUCGUUGCAAAAUUCUCUCUAAAGGCAGAGGAAAAUAUAGAUUUUGGCUUUUCUGGGUUAGUCAGGGUUCUAGGGUUCCUGAAUUUCAUUAGCUUUGUUUAAUUUCUGAAAAUUUGGGCUUGAUUGUUGAUGGCGCUGCUUACACGUGGUUCGUUCAGUGGCUGUGGAUGAAAUUUUAUGAUGAGGAUGGUUUUGGACAAAGAGGAACAAGAUGGAAAACCUCUGAAGAAGCAUCUUUUAUUUUAGUGGAGUGAUUUUUUCCUGAGAGAAGUGGUGAAUUUGGACAAUGGGUUGUAUUUGCUGCAAGCCCUCUGCUAUCGAAGAUAGCAAGGAGAGCCCGAGAGAUCGUCUAUCCAACAAAUCCGCCUCUGAGUUUAGGGUUUCUCGAACAGUUGCUUCGUCAAGAAGAGAAGAAUCUCUCAGAACGAAGGAGCGGUCCGAUGUUAUCGGCGUUAGACCAGUGUUGAGUGAUAAGCAAGCUAAUCCUAUGAUGCAUUUACAUGGGGAGAGUUUAAACAGGAAGAAAGUGAGGAUGGGGAAUAUUGCUUCUUCACACCCUGCAAUGGGUAGUGUACCAAAGGCAACUGAAGGAGAACAUGUAGCAGCAGGCUGGCCUCCAUGGUUGGCAGCCGUGGCCGGAGAGGCUAUCAGGGGUUGGGUCCCCCGGCGUGCAGAUUCUUUCGAAAAGUUGGAUAAAAUUGGUCAGGGGACUUACAGUAACGUAUAUCGAGCUCGUGACCUGGACCAGAAGAAGAUAGUGGCUCUGAAGAAAGUCAGGUUUGAUAAUUUGGAGCCUGAAAGCGUGCGAUUUAUGGCAAGAGAAAUCCACAUAUUGCGCUGGCUUGAUCAUCCAAAUGUCAUAAAGCUAGAGGGUUUAGUCACAUCAAGAAUGUCAUGCAGCUUGUAUCUUGUUUUUGAGUACAUGGAACAUGAUUUAGCUGGCUUAGCCUCACAUCCAGCAAUUAAAUUUUCUGAAUCACAGGUCAAAUGUUACAUGCAGCAACUUUUACAUGGCCUUGAUCAUUGUCACACUCGUGGUGUAUUGCAUCGGGACAUAAAGGGCUCCAACCUUCUAAUAGAUAAUAAUGGAGUUCUAAAGAUUGCUGACUUUGGCCUGGCUAGUUUCUUCGAUCCUCAUCAAACUCAUCCUUUGACAAGCCGUGUGGUUACUCUUUGGUACCGACCACCCGAACUUUUGCUCGGAGCAACUCACUAUGGUGCUGCGGUAGAUUUAUGGAGUACAGGUUGCAUUCUUGCUGAACUAUAUGCAGGCAAACCCAUUAUGCCGGGAAGAACCGAGGUGGAACAGUUGCACAAAAUCUUCAAGCUAUGUGGCUCACCUUCCGAUGACUACUGGAGAAAAUCAAAGCUGCCUCAUGCUACAAUUUUCAAACCUCAACAGCCAUAUCGACGUGUUGUGUCCGAGACAUUUAAGGAGUUUCCCGAGCCGGCUUUAUCCCUUCUCGAAACCCUUCUUUCUGUCAAUCCCGAUGAUCGUGGAACCGCUGCCUCUGCACUCCAGAGUGAGUUCUUCACAACUAAACCCUUUCCAUGUGACCCUUCAAGCUUGCCUAAAUAUCAUCCCUGCAAAGAGCUCGAUGCAAGAAUGCGAGAUGAGGAAGCUAGAAGGCAAGCGGCGGGAGGAAACAAGGAUCAUAAACAACAAGAAAGGAGAGGAAUGAAGGAAUCCCGGGCUGUUCCAGCUCCUGAUGCCAAUGCAGAAUUAGCUGCAUCAAUGCAGAAAAGACAGAGCCAGUCUAAUUCAAGAAGCCGGAGCGAAAAGUUUAACCCGCAUCCUGAAGAAGUUGCUUCCGGAUUCCCAAUCGAUCCACCGAGGCAGUCACAAGCCCUGGAACCUAGCGCGGAUUCUCGGGGGAAUCCCCAUAAAAGGGUUUCUUCGCAUUCAGGUCCUCUGGUGGCUCGUAGGUCCGCUUCAGCUAAGGGUGGCAGAAACUACGAUGAUUCCCGCAAAGCUUCAAUGACAUCUGAUUAUUCAGCGAUGCCUUCACAACAAGAAACUCGUCUCUCGGGAUCCUUCAAGGAGGCCGCCGAAAUCUCUGCAGAACCUAACCAGAGGGAUGAGGGCAGAAGCAACAAGAAGAAAGAUCCGAUUCUUCUCGGAUAUGGAUCGAAAGGCCACAAGAUUCACUAUUCGGGGCCAUUGGUGGUUCCUUCAGGCAACAUGGAACAGAUGCUGAAAGACCAUGAUCGCCAUAUCCAAGAAGCUGUAAGAAGGGCUCGGAUCGAUAAGGCCAGAGUCAGAAGGCUUCAGGCAGAUGAAACUAUGCCGGCCGAUCCGUUAUUCACCUCAGGCCGGUGACUCGUCUCCGAGAAAAGUGGUUAAAGAUAACGGAAACUGGGUCGGGGUGAAUGAUCUGUUUCUGGGAAAAUUCCAGAGAAGGGUUUGCAUUUCACGGAUGGUUUCCUUCUUUCUGCAUUGUUUUAACCCGAAAGCUUUGUUCCAGGGGAAGUAAAAGAAAGAUCGGAUCAAUAUGCAUUCGUUGAUUUAAGAUGAUGAUGAUGACAAAGAGAGUAUGUUCUUGUGUUUAUGAGCCUGGCCUUAAUCUACCGUUUGGAUUUGGUUCUAUGUAAUUUCAUCAGUAUCCUUUUCCUCUUUCACUAAUGAAGAUUUUCUGUCACUCGUGUGUUUCUUUAAAGAAGAAGUAAUGUUUGGUCCGGAAAUAAAAGAAGACAGAUUGUUAUU